GCCGGGCCGGGUCGGGGCCUCCGCCCUCAGCCGCUCCUUCCCGGUCCGUCCUUCCCGUCCGCCGCGGUGCCGGCAGCGCCACGUUCCGCGUCCGCCGGGCCGCCACGAGACUGAGACCAUUUAAAUGUCUUCAGAGGACAGAGAAGCUCAGGAGGACGAGCUGUUGGCGCUGGCCAGCAUCUACGAUGAAGAUGAGUUUAAGAGAGCGGAGUCGGCACAGGGAGGAGAGACCAGGAUUUGUUUGGAACUGCCCCAGAACUUCAGAGUUGUUGUGAGCGGCAUUUCUGCAGAGAGUCCGCAGAGCUUUGAAUACACCGUUCACUUUCUGCCUCCACUCGUGCUGAAUUUUGAGCUCCCACCAGACUACCCGUCAUCCUCCCCGCCUGCCUUCACUCUCAGCAGCAAAUGGCUCUCCCCAGCACAGCUCAGCGCUCUUUGUGAGCAUUUAGACAACUUAUGGGAAGAAAACCGAGGCUGUGUGGUCCUGUUUGCCUGGAUGCAGUUUCUGAAGGAAGAAACGUUGAAUUACCUGAAUAUUUCAUCCCCAUACGAGCUCAAAAUGCGCCAACAAGGGAGUACAUGGGGCAGGACGCCUUCGGUGCCUCAGGAUGCCAAGGACUGUGUUGGUGCAGUGGGCUGUGCUGCGGCUGAAGAAGGAAUUGAUAAGAGAGCUGUACAGGACGUGGAAUCUUUGUCCAGCCUGAUUCGGGAGAUCCUGGACUUUGAUCAGGCUCAGAGAAGGAAGUGCUUUAACAGUAAGAUGUACAUGUGCAAUAUUUGCUUCUGUGAGAAGCUGGGCAGUGAAUGUAUGUACUUCACCGAGUGCAGCCAUGUGUACUGCAAAGCCUGCCUGAAGGACUACUUUGAAAUUCAGAUCAGGGAUGGGCAGGUCCACUGCCUCAACUGUCCAGAACCCAACUGUUCUUCUGUUGCUACUCCUGGUCAGGUGAAGGAGUUGGUUGGAGAGCACCUGUUCGCACGCUACGACCGCCUGCUUCUGCAGUCCACCCUGGACCUGAUGGCGGAUGUUGUGUACUGCCCUCGGCCGGCCUGCCAGACACCCGUCAUGCAGGAGCCAGGCUGCACCAUGGGCAUCUGCUCCUGCUGCAACUAUGCUUUCUGUACUGCGUGUAAGAUGACUUACCACGGGGUCUCACCAUGUAAAUUAAGUGAGGAGAAAUUGAUGGAUUUGCGCAAUGAAUAUUUAGAAGCUGAUGAGGCAACCAAAAGAUUGAUGGAACAGCGCUAUGGCAAACGAGUGAUUCAGAAAGCCGUUGAGGAGAUAGAGAGCAAACAAUGGCUGGAAAAGAACUCCAAGUCUUGCCCUUGCUGUAGUACUCCUAUAGAGAAACUAGAUGGCUGUAACAAAAUGAUGUGUACUGGCUGCAUGCAGUACUUCUGCUGGCUUUGUAUGGCUUCCUUGUCAAGGGCGGACCCAUACAAGCACUUCAAUGAUCCAUCUUCCCCAUGCUUUGAUCGAUUGUUUCAUGCUAUGCAAAUUGAUGGUGAGUUCUGGGAAGGCGGAAACUAGUAACUUUCCCUAGCAACAAAUGCUGAAGAAACCAGAGGCAGAUGCUUUCCUUUUCUUGUCAAAGCUGUUUGAUUGUCAGUGUUCUGGUGCCAUAGAAGAACAACACUACUUUGCACUGCAGGAUUCUUGCACAACCCUUCUUUUGCCAGAACCAAAGGAGACCAUUUUACCCACCCUGUGGUCAAGAAUCCUGUUGAAAGUCCUGAUAGUAAUAUCCAGUGAUAAAGAGAAGUGCAGCCACCAAGAAGUUAGAAAAUAAUGGAAAGUCUGUACCAAGAGGUGCCCCUCUUACAGCUCCCAAAGCACAGAAAUGGUUUUGGAGUGUCCUUCUAAGGAGGUUUACCUUUCAGGGAUAGUUCCCACUGUGGUGUUGGGGCAGUUUUAUUGCAGGUGCACUGCUCAUUCUGGAGCUGUUUGGUUACACUGCUUGGAAAGGGAAAGCGUUCUGAAGCAGCACAGGGCUGUAUUCAGGCACUGAGCCCAUUGCCUCUAUUGCAUUUCCUGGCCUGUUUCUUUGGAAGCAGCUCAUUGCUCUGUCUCUGACAAUGGCAGUGAAGGUGACGAUCCCUCACACCUCCUUUUAUUGGCUGUAGUGCCCGUGUUCCUCACUGAACACACUGGCAGAAAUUGACUGACAACUAUUUCUUGAAUUGCUGUCACCUUGCUGACUGAGUGGUGCUGUUCUGUGCCUUGCUGCCAGUCCCUGCUUUGAGUGCCAAAGCAAUGAUCUGAGUCUGGCCAGUGAGAGGAUGAAAAUAACAUCAAAUACUGAAACAAUUUUCUAUGGAUACCCAGUCUGGAUUAAUGGUGACUUGUAGUAUAUGAAGGAAUUCAUGUUUCUUUCUCACCAGACGUUAACUUGUUUACAAAAUCUGGUGAGGAAUUGGAUUAGUUGAUGCCUUAUUUCUGCUGUUCUUGCCCUCUAAGAAACAUUGUUUCCCCUAAAAGUUCAAUGAGCUGUUUUGGGAACACGGAGGUAAUUGCUGGGGAGAAACACUAGUUUAUUUUAUUCUUUUCACUUACAGAAUGAUCUAAAAAUGUCUUUUGGAAUUCCAGCUCUGUGUAAAACAAACCGCAGGGUCGGGAUGGAUAGCUCAGGAGCUUGAAACCUGUUCAGAAAGUCAGUUUUGAUUGGUAGUAAAUAAAUUUUAGUUAAAUACCUGGCCAAAAUGAGUGUUGAUUUAGUUCCUUUUGCAGAGGAGAGAAGUCUCUUAGAAUUGGCAGCAAUUAAAAUAGUAAGGGUGGAUCUCCUGCCUUGGUUUAGGCUAUAGGAUGGUGUGUGGAGAAGGUUUACGUUGUGUACGGUUUACUUGUAUUUCUUGCACCUUUCACAUGCACUAAAUUCACUUUAAGACAGCAAA